AUGAGUGAUUCAGACGAUCAAGAGGAGAGAGAUAACUUGGCCGCGAGAGAGAUCGCGCUGGCCGAGCAACGCGAAGAUCCGCCGGAUCCGAACGCCGCGCACGAUCGCGCCAAUGAUGGAAUGCCGAGAGAUGGAGCGCGAACAAUGAAGAAGUCAUGGGAGAUUUCGAUUCCAAUCCAACACUAUAGGAAGGCUUUGCGCUGGGUUAAGUCUCUUCCAGCUCAAUCCAUAACCACAUGGAAAGAGUACAAGGUGGCAUUCCUAGGACUACACAAGGAGUGUCCUAAUCAUGGGCUAUCUGAUGGCAGUCUAUGGAACAUUUUCUACAGAGGAAUAAGUGGGAAGUGUCGAUUUUCUCUUGAUACAGCCAGCAAUGGAAAUUUCAUGACCAAGACAGUUACUGAAGCAAAGAUUUUGAUUGAAAAUCUAGCCUCAAGCGACAGUGACAACUUCAUUGGGCAUGAGAGAGCAGUGAAGGCCAUAAAUUCUGAUCCAUACAGAGAUGGAUACAGUGAGAUCAAAGCCAUGAUGGCUGAGAUACUGAGAAACCAAGGAAGAGAAGUGGAGAGACAAAGAGAAGCUUAUAGAGUUGAGUCCACAAUAAUUCAAGAUUACUUUGGAGAUUUGAUUCCAAACUUUCCAAGAAGAAAAUCACCCAAUGAGAAGAGGGAUGUUCAUGGAGGAAGAAAUUAUCAGCAACCACCUCACAAGAGAAGAAUGGAGCCAAGGAGCAACUUUGAAGAUUUGAUAACUUUCAUCAAGAGUUCUCAUAGAGAGCACACAGCCUUGAUUGAUGAGAGAUUGGAGUCAGCUUUCACGAGAUUGAAUGAGAACAUACCCAGAUCAAGAGGAAGCAAUGCCGCCAAUCAAGAAGAAACCAAUGGAGUAUGUCAUUAUUGGAGAUGGACUGAACCACCUAAGGAAGUCCAUGUCAGAAUAGAACCAGGAACUCAGGAGGAAGUGGAGAAGCCACCUGAAGAACCAAGAGUGUAUGAGCCAAAGAUCCCAUACAGAAAUGUUCUUUCUCAACCCAAGAAGGAGAAGGAGCAAGCAAAGCUCAAGGAUCUUGUUAGCCAACUUUCAGUAAGGUUACCUUUCAUUGAUGCCUGCCAGAUAAUUCCAUCUCUCAGGAAAUAUAUGAAGGCCAUACUCACAAGCAAUGUGAGUCUUGAAGAAGGAGCAAUGAUGAUUACAAAGGAGUGUAGUGCCAUACUUCAGAAUCGCAUGCCAGAGAAGCUGAACGACCCAGGGAGUUUUGUUUUGUCUUGCAAGAUCGGUUCUACACACUUCCAUAGAGCACUUUGUGAUUUGGGUUCUAGUGUGAACCUAAUGCCUUACUCAGUGGCCAAGCUAUUGGGCAUCACUGACUUCAAACCUACAAAGAUAUCUCUAGUCUUUGCAGACAGAUCUGUUCGCCGCCCUGUUGGUGUUAUUAUGGAUGUUCCAAUCAUGGUUGGAGAUUGCUACAUCCCUGCUGAUUUUGUAGUUCUUGAGCUGGAACACCAACCUAAAGACCCUCUUAUCUUGGGAAGGCCAUUCCUAGCUACUGCAGGAGCUAUAAUAGAUGUCAAGAAUGGAAAGAUUGACUUGCAUCUUGGAGAUAUAGUGAUGAAUUUCGAAGUAAACAAGUCCAUGGAGAAACCAACUGUAGAUGGUCAAGCUUUUUGGAUUGGAGAGCUCGCAGAGACAAGAGAAGAAGUGCUGGAUGAACUCCUUCUUAUUGAUCCCUUGGAGCUAGCUUUGACAAAGGCUGAGAAUGAGUAUGGAUACAUGGAAAGAGAAGCUCAAUGCUUAGUCAAGUUCAUGGAUUCAAGGAAGCUUAUAAAGAGCUGA